CAUUGCUAACAGGAUGGACGACAACAUGUCAUUACCAAGCCAUAUCCUUCACAUCCAGGGUUUUCAAUUGUCACAGACAUUCAUGUAUCCAAUUUUUUUCUCCUUGCUGUUUGUCUAUCUCGCCCUCCUUGUGUCUAACAUUGGAGUCCUGGUCGCCAUCAUCACAGAGAGAAGCUUGCACCAACCAAUGUAUAUCCUCUUCUGUAACCUGUCUGUAAAUGAUCUGAUUGGCAACACUGUCUUGUUGCCUCGCCUCAUGGCUGACAUUGUUUCAACUGAGAGGUUUAUCACGUACAGCCAAUGUGUUGCUCAGGCCUUUUUCAGUCACAUGUUUGGAUCAGCCUCACAUAUGAUACUGAUCAUUAUGGCUUUUGACAGGUAUGUGGCCAUAUGUUACCCAUUAAGGUACACGUCCAUAAUGACAACCAAAACUUUAGUUAUGUUGUCUGUGUCUGCUUGGGGGGUUUCCCUUGUGUUAGUGUCUGUCCUACUGGGUCUCACCAUGAGGCUAUCCCGCUGCAGUUCAAUCAUUCGGAAUGCUUAUUGUGACAAUGCAUCAUUGUUCAAGCUAUCCUGUGAGAACGUUUCAAUCAACAACAUUUAUGGACUAUUUUUCACUGUGCUGCUCUUUACUUCCUCAAUGGGAAGCAUCGCUGUCACUUAUUUCAGGAUUGCUGUGAUUUGCUGGACCAAGAAAAGCAAAGAGCUGAACAACAGAGCAUUGCAGACCUGUACAAGCCACCUGGUACUGUAUCUCAUUAUGCUGUGGACUGGGUUUCUAACCAUCAUACUGCAUCGCUUUUCAGAAUAUCCAUAUUUGAGAAAACUUGCUUACAUUCUAUUUCAUGUCGUCCCUGCUAAUUUGAAUCCAAUUAUCUACGGCUUGCAAACAAAGUCAUUGCGGCAGAAAAUUAUACAAAUACUCAGCCGGAAAGUUACAGACUCUUAAUACAGAUAUUUGUUUGGCACUUCGUAAAUAAUAUUGACAGGCUUGUUGAUUAUUCUGGUAUUGAAACCCUAAAACAAAAUGGAUUAGAAUUCAACACAUACCAUUCUUAAAAGUGAUGUUUAAAGUGUAUUUAAAAAAUGUUCUACUCCAUUUUCAUAAUCUCCAGCACCACCCCAACAUCAACAUAUGUUAGAAUGACACUUUUCUAUGUUUUGUAGUCAAAAAGAUAGAGGAAGAUAAGUGUUUCCAAUGACAUCAUCUAGUGUGUUUUUAACCAAUUAUGUGCAGGCAAUGAGCAGGCAAUGUUCGGGAGUAAAUUGUCUUUCCAUUUACACAUUUUGAUGUUGGAGAUUAUGAAUAUGAAGUAGAAAAAUUGUGAAAUCACCCUUUAAAGGUGAUGUUCUGUAAGAUAUUAGGAGGUAUGAAUGAGGGAACUGUAAAGGUGACGAUGAGCACACAUUGUUUUACAGGCUUUGCUGUCUGUGUCUUGUCAUUACCUGAUUGCCAGUCAAAAUGGUAUCUCUAUAGAGACCUCUAGUGUCUGUUAGCUGAAAAUUCAGAGGGACAUCUGAGAUGCUCAAAUCCAAGAUUGAAGGUCUGCAAUACUUCUGGUUUCAGGUGAAUUGAGAGAUUGUCCUUAAUGGCCAGAGAUUCCACUCACCUGUACCUGAUUCACUCUACAGAGUCAACCUGUACCUGAUUCACUCUAUAGAGUCAACCUGUACCUGAUUCACUCUAUAGAGUCAACCUAUACCUGAUUCACUCUAUAGAGCCAACCUGUACCUGAUUCACUCUAUAGAGCCAACCUGUACAUGAUUCACUCUAUAGAGUCAACCUGUACCUGAUUCACUCUAUAGAGCCAACCUGUAGCUGAUUCACUCUAUAGAGCCAACCUGUACCUGAUUCAAUCUAUAGAGCCAACCUGUACCUGAUUCAAUCUAUAGAGCCAACCUGUAGCUGAUUCACUCUAUGGAGCCAACCUGUACCUGAUUCACUCUAUGGAGCCAACCUGUAGCUGAUUCACUCUAUGGAGCCAACCUGUAGCUGAUUCACUCUAUAGAGCCAACCUGUAGCUGAUUCACUCUAUGGAGCCAACCUGUAGCUGAUUCACUCUAUGGAGCCAACCUGUAGCUGAUUCACUCUAUAGAGCCAACCUGUAGCUGAUUCACUCUAUGGAGCCAACCUGAAGCAUAUCAGAUAUUUUUUUUUUUGAGUAACCAGCUCAGCGCAGUACAGUUCAACUCGGCUCGGUUUGACUGUCGUGUGAAAAGGAAUACAGAAAAUGUGUAUAAACUGAUAUUAAAGUAGCAAGGUAUUCACAGCUCGGGAGCCUGAAUGUGAACUCAAAUGUGCAUAACCACUUUAAGCAUGUGCAACACUCUGGCAAAAGCAUUAUACUGUCAUAGAAAUAUGUGCUAUUUUGGACAUUUUAACUGGCAUUGGGCAGAAAUGUGCUCUUUUUAAAC